AUGGAGGACAAUUGGGUUAGGCACUUUCAUCCAAGUGGGGAGUAUGUGGUGAAGAGUGGUUGUAAAGCGGCUUUUAAGUUGACAUAUCUAUCGGAUGAUGCUAUGUUGCAUUGGUCUAGAUUGAAGGAAGAUCCACUCUCCCGCAUUGCAGCACUGCCCAAUUUGAGAAAGGUUAUUCUAGUUAAUUCCUUUGUUGAAGAAAAUCUACAUUUCUGCAGUGGCUUUGCUAAGCUUAAAAUAUUAUGGUUAAUAGAUUUCCCUCGACUGACGGGAAUCACUAUAAAGAAGGGGGUUAUGACAGAUAUCCAAGAAUUGUGGAUCGAUUCCUGCUUGAUGUUAAAUGCAGUGCCUUAUGGUAUUGAAUCCCUUACCAAUCUUCAAUCUCUGGUUUUGACAAACUGUUCUUCAAGUCUUGUAGGACGUGUAAAUGAUGUGGAAAGCAAAGAUCGUUCAAAGGUGCUGCACAUCCCAAAUAUCAAGUGUUUUAAGCGUAGAGCUAAAUUAUCAUACAGAUUCAGCCCACAAGUCAAGAAAGAAUGAGUAUAUUUAUAUUCAAGAAUGUUUCUGUUAUAAAAAAAUUGAAGGAAGCAUUGUAUAAUUUAGUAGACCUGCA